AACGAAUACGCAGUCUGGCCGUGCGGUGCGCGACACACAGACGCCCGCGACCCAUCGCCGCUGUCGUCGUCGUCGUCUCGUCGACGAGACACCACCGCGCGCGCCGAAACGCCGAUUGAUACCAAACACCCGCCGUUGAAGCGAUCUAUAUGACAUAUUGAUAAUAUUAUUACAAUCGAUCAGGCGUGUUCCUAUAAUAUAAUAUACUACGUCAGCGUGUGUGCGUAAAAAAUAUAUAUAUAUAAUAUAUAUAUAUUAAUAAAAUAAUACUGGAAUCGAACACGUUUCUAUACGUCCCGUACCGAUUUACGAUCUAAUCGCUGGCGUUUUCCGCCGUCGCGUUUACUCGCCGUCGUCAUCGUCGCGGUGUGUAGGGUGCGCGCGUGACAUGUCCGACAAUCCGGGCGCCACCAACGCGGCCGCCACUGCCGACGAACCGGUCUGCACCGAAACCACGCCGCAGCCGCCACUGCCGGUACAGCACCAGCAGCAGCUCGAAGAAGGUUCCCGAUCGUCACCGGCCAGACAGCACCAGAACGGUGGUUCGCCGGCUACCAUGGCCGCGGUCGUCCCGUCGCCGGACACGCCGCGGAAGAGAGGUGAUGUUAAAGAUGAAACGUACUCGUCCGAAAAUAACAGAAACUCUGGAUAUGAAACGAAUUUAUACCUCUAUUCUGAUGAAAUGGAUGACCGGCCGCGGGUACCCACUUUCCUCAACUCGAUCGCCGACUAUUCGAACACCAUCCCGAAUCUGGUGGAGUCCGACACCAAGUCGACCACUGCCAAACAGGGAUCGUCCAGGAUGGGCACGCUGGUCGGCGUCUACCUGCCUUGCGUGCAGAACAUCUUUGGAGUAAUUUUGUUCAUUCGGCUGUCGUGGGUGGUCGGCACGGCGGGCGUCGUCUACGGGUUCGGAAUCGUGUUCACCUGUUGCUGCGUGACAAUGUUGACUGCUAUUUCGAUGAGUGCCAUAGCCACGAACGGCGUUGUGCCUGCUGGUGGACCGUACUUCUUGAUAUCCAGGUCGUUGGGUCCCGAGUGCGGGGGAGCUGUCGGUAUGCUCUUCUACACCGGUAUCACACUGGCCGCAUCUAUGUACAUCAUCGGGGCCGUUGAAAUCAUUCUCACGUACAUGGCGCCAAGCUUAUCGAUUUUCGGCGACUUCUCCAAAGACAACAGCAUAAUGUACAACAAUUUCCGCGUGUACGGGACAAUAUUGCUGAUGGUCAUGAGCUCGAUCGUGUACGUCGGCGUGAAGUUCGUCAACAAAUUCGCGUCCGUGGCCCUGGCCUGCGUGCUGCUGUCCAUAUUGUCUGUAUACGUGGGCAUUUUUUAUAACUUCCAUGGCAGCGAUAAACUCUACAUGUGUUCGCUGGGAAAUCGGCUACUGAAGGACAUGGACUUGAAACACUGUAACAAAGCGAUAGGCGGUUACUUGCACAACAUGUACUGCGCCAAUGGAACCGGAGCGUGCGAGGACUACUUCACCAAGCAUAAUACAUCGAUCGUGAAAGGCAUUCGGGGCAUUAGCAGCGGCGUUUUCUUUGAAAAUAUCUUUGGUAACUUUUUGGAAAAAGGACAGUACAUAGCCAGAGGUCAUCUCCAAGAAGAUAUCCUGGCAUCGAGUAAGAAUACGUAUAAUAUGGUAAUGGUAGAUAUCACUACAACAUUCACCAUACUUAUUGGCAUAUUCUUUCCGUCCGUAACUGGAAUCAUGGCUGGUUCUAACAGAUCCGGAGAUCUAGCAGAUGCACAAAAAUCAAUUCCCAUUGGUACAAUAUUGGCUAUUCUGAGUACAUCAUCGGUUUACCUGUCUGCCGUCUUACUAUUCGGAGCUACAGUUGAUAAUUUACUACUAAGAGACAAGUUUGGUCAGAGCAUUGGAGGACGUCUGGUAGUGGCCAACAUAGCAUGGCCAAACGAAUGGGUUAUUUUGGUUGGCGCGACACUAUCGACAUUGGGAGCCGGACUUCAAAGUCUCACCGGGGCGCCGAGGCUGUUGCAGGCCAUAGCCAAGGACGACAUCAUACCGUUCCUGCGACCGUUUGCCAAAUCUUCGGCAUCCGGUGAACCCACUAGGGCUUUACUGAUAACCGUAGCCGUGUGUCAGUGCGGCAUACUGAUCGGAAACAUCGACAAUCUCGCUCCGCUAUUGGCCAUGUUCCUGUUGAUGUGUUACGCGUUCGUCAACUUGGCGUGCGUCUUGCAGACGCUGUUGCGUACGCCGAACUGGAGACCUAGGUUUAAGUACUAUCACUGGACACUAUCGUUCACCGGACUCGUGUUGUGCAUUGCUGUCAUGUUCAUGUCAAGUUGGUAUUUCGCGCUGUUAGCUCUGGGCAUGGCGGGAAUAAUUUACAAAUACAUCGAGUAUCGAGGAGCGGAAAAGGAAUGGGGUGACGGUAUGCGCGGUUUAGCUUUAUCGGCUGCGAGAUACAGUUUGCUCAGACUGGAAGACGCGCCACCACACACCAAGAAUUGGCGUCCACAGAUUCUCAUGUUGGUCAACUUCAACGCGGACCUGCCAAAAUACCGUAAGAUAUUCUCACUGGUCUCCCAACUUAAGGCAGGCAAAGGUCUUACAGUGAGCGCGACCGUAAUCGAGGGCGAUUUCAUCAAGAAAACCGGUCACGAUGUGCAAGCCACCAAGAAAGAACUAGUGAGGUUGAUGGACGAGGAAAAGGUCAAAGGAUUUGCGGAUGUUUUAGUCUCCAAAAACACAUCAGAGGGACUCAGCCAUUUGAUACAAAUCGCUGGACUUGGAGGAUUAAAACCCAACACCGUGAUUCUAGGCUGGCCGAACAGCUGGCAACAAUCUGAGAACGACCGAUCGUGGCAAGUUUUUCUACACACCAUUCGUAUCGUAACAGCUGCUAAAAUGGCUCUAAUUGUACCCAAAGGCAUAAGAUCGUUCCCAGACUCUGCGACAAAGCUGUCGGGCACAAUCGAUAUUUGGUGGAUCGUACACGACGGAGGCAUUCUGAUGCUCAUACCUUUCUUGUUGAAACAACACAGGACCUGGAAAAACUGUAAGUUGAGAAUAUUCACAGUGGCACAGACCGACGACAACUCCAUCCAGAUGAAAAAGGAUCUAAAGACUUUCUUAUACCAACUCAGAAUACCAGCAGAAGUCGAAGUGGUUGAAAUGACAAAUAACGAUAUAUCAGCUUAUACAUAUGAAAGAACACUCAUGAUGGAACAGCGAAAUCAAAUGCUAAGGGAACUCAGGCUUAAUAAGAAAGAAAGCUUUGGAAUGAUGCGUAAUAUCAUAGAUUUCAAUCGAGAAACAUCGACUGGAGAGAAUACACCAUUGGUGCAAUCCAUAAUAGACCAGCACCAUAGAAAAGACGCUUCGGAAGGAAGAUCGGCUACUAAAGUGCGUUUCCAGGAAGAAACCAGCAUGGACGACGAAGCGAAAAAAUCGAAACCUGCUGAUAGUGCAUUCGAUGCCGACGAGAAACGAACAACUAGUAAUGGUGAAAAACCGGGAGUGUUAAAAGACUCACUGCCAAAAGAGACAACAGAUUCGUCUACAUCGACAAUGCGACCAGACGAAGAUAAUGUGAGGAGAAUGCACACAGCUGUUAAACUGAACGAAGUCAUUGUCAGUAGAUCGAGAGACGCUCAAUUGGUUAUAUUCAACUUACCAGGACCGCCUAAAGACACAAAAUUAGAGAGAGAAUCAAACUACAUGGAAUUCUUAGAAGUGAUGACCGAAGGCCUCGACAAAGUGUUGAUGGUGAGAGGUGGUGGUCGCGAAGUGAUCACAAUUUAUUCAUAAGUAACCUGAAGCUCACGUCUCGUCCGUCAGGUACGAAUUUUUAUACUUGUUUACACUAAUUUUAUGUUGGCCGGCAACUUUCUCAACACGCCAGGCGUCUAUCGAAUGGUUUUGUUUUUUAUUUCAAAUGUUUUGUUUGUUUUUUAGUAUUAUUACGUUAAACAAAUUGUUGCACAUAAUAUAAAAUUGUUCAUUGUAUUUGAUAAAAAUCAUUAUCACUGUUUUCUAAAAUUAUGAUUAUUGUUAUAAUUUACUCGUAUGCCCUCAUAUAGGCACUUAAGCUUAACAUCAUAUAAUGUAUAUUAUAUAUUAUUACAUAUAUUUAAAUAGGUUUAUAUUUAUUGUGACCUUUAAAAAACAAUGCGACACCAACAACGUUUGUCGAACUUUUUUACAUUCAAUUUAUCAAAAUCGGCUUUAAUACUUAGUUAAAUUUAGGUAGACGAAUAAAAAUAAAAAUGAAAAAAAAAAAACGCGUAGGAAUUUAUUCGGCCUAUUUGGUGAUUCGUCUUCUCGAUAGUAUUAACUUAAAUAAAUAGUGAGUUGGGCGUAGCAUUGUUUUAUGAGGCUGUGUUUUUUUUUUUUUUUUUGUUCGCUGUACAUAUUUAAGUCAAAUCGAUCAUUAUUUAGUAUAUUUACGAGCAUAACAUUUUGUCAGCUGUUCAACAUUUUAAAACCAUAAAAUCGCAUUAACACCACAAUGUUGAGUGGCGAUCGUAUAUUUCUACUUAAAUUUUAAGGUUUAAUAAAACCCAACGGGGCCGUUCUACUUAAGCUCGUCGACCCAAAAUAUCAUAACAUGUCUAACACUACCAUAAUACUACUACCUACAUUAUUACGAUUAACAUUAUGAUAUAAUUAAAACAUAAUAAUUCACUGCCAAUUUCAACUGUAACACCUGUGAAUUGUGAAUGAAAAGAGACUAUCUGAAUACUUUCUUUCUACGAUAUUAUUAGAUGUUGUCGUUUUUCAUGCGUAACAAACAAUUAAUUACCAUCCUGUUAAAUACGCCAAACGAACACAUUAUAAUGGUUACCGUUAAGACCGACCAAACAACCAGUAUUGUUGUUUGCCUUGUCGUCUGUGUCUUGUGUUAUUAGCCUAUUUGAAUAGAGUCGUUGUAUAAGUUUUAACUUUUAUUUACCGACAUUCCUUAACACAAACAUUUUUCUUGUAAUCCACAAUAAUUUACUGUUGUUCCAAUGAAAUAUUAUUUUACAACAUAUUGUUGUUAUGGUUGUCAAUAUACUAUUUAAAGUUUAAACAAAUAUUUACUGAUAUUAAAAUGUUUACGUUAUAAUAUUUCAUCUAUAAUUUUAUUUUGACGUUUUUUUUUAUUUUUUAUUUAUCACCUAAGUAACACCAUUAUUAUUUUUAUUUUUUUGUGAUUAUUUAUUAUUAUUUUUUUUAGAAUAUUUUAACAAAAAAUUGUAUCUAUAUAAUUAUUGUUUUUUGUUUUGUUAUUAUUAUAUAAACAAUAGUUUAAAAAUAAUGUUAAUGAACAAAAUAUUACUAAUUGGUUAAAAAAAACAUAACUUGUUAAGUAAUCGAUUUCCUUAUGUUGUUAAAUAAAUAACCGAGUUAUGGCAUUGGAAA